AUGUGGAGGCUGCUGGAGCAGGCGGCCAAGAACGCGUCGGCCAACGCGUCGGGCUACGUGAGCUCCGUGCAAGAGAAAGCGCAGAGUCUGGCGGCCGCCGUGCAGGACGAGGCCGCGAUUUUGCUGCACAGCGCCAUGGGCGCCGCGCGCGUGGGGCCCGUGGACGAGAUUCUGUACGAGGAGCUGGCAGACUUCGAGGACUUCUCGAGCUUCUUCUCGGCCGAGGAGCACACGCACGAGAUCGCGCGCGCCAUGGACGAGGACGACGAGGUCCACGAGCUGCACGACGCGCUGGUGCCGCUGGAGCUGAGCUACGACGAGUUCUGGCGCCGCUACUUCUUCCGCCUGCAGCAGGCGGAGAGGAUCGAGCAGCAGAGGCAGCAGCAGCGCGCGCUGGCGGAGAGCAAGCGGCCGCCCGAGGAGAACGACGAGGAGGACAGGGAGGAGACUGACGGUGAGGACCAGGAGGGCGUGUGGCUGCUGCGCGCGGCCAGGGACGCCGAGCGACGCGCCGCGACGCAGUGGCGCCAGAAGGCCAGGGACCUGCACCACCAGCUGCAGGAAGCCAAGCAGAGCUACGACGAGAAGGAGCAGAAGGCGCUCAAGGAGUGGGAGGAGCAGCUGCAGGCGCUGUGUGAUACGUACGAGACCAAGAUGGCUGCGGCCACGAUGCAGAUUGAUGAAGCGCGCGCCGCCGGCUACGAUGAAGGUGUGAGGGAGAGCCAGGCCAUCGUGGAGAGCUUACAGCAGAAGGCGGAGGAGGAUAUGGUGCGCCUGAGGAUGGAGAUCGCGGAAGGGCGCGGAGCGGCGUCGGAUCACGAGAGGGUGGCGGCGUUGACGAAGGAGAAGGAGGAGCUGCAGAAGGCCCUUCAAGCGGCCCGUGAACGUCUGGCUGAGCUGGAGAAGCGUGAAGCAGCGCGGCAGGAAGAUAAGCCGGGAGCUGCGGCUCUGGCCGAGCUGACGAAGGAGAAGGACCUGUGGCGUAUGCGGGCUCUGAAGAUGAAGAAGCUCAAAGACCUGGUGCAGGCAGAACUCACUACGUUGCGACAACAGCGUGAUGUCGCUGCUGCUGCCACGUCGAGCUCUGACAACGCCCAAGCCGCCGGAUCUGACGACCACAGCAAACUUCAAGCGCGUAUGAACGAACUGCAGACGCAACUGGCGAACGCUUUGGCCGGCGCAGAAGCGCGUGGACGUGAAGCCUACGAAAAGGGUGUAGAAGCGGGCAAGGCGGACGCUGACCAACGUGCAAAGCAAGAGCGUGACCAAGCUUUCCAAGAUGGCUACAAGAAGGCCCAAGCUGAGGCCAAGAGUGAGAUGGGCGUGCUCAAGGCCGAGCUUGGUAUGUUCCGUGCAUUCCACGAGAGUGCGGCCCACUGCGCUGAUCACGUUGGUGGUGACACGGAAGGCCUGCUGGAUGAUUCGCUGGAUGACAUCUCGCUGGCAGACGGCCAGCCUCUCUGUUCACCAACCUCAUCGGUCUCGAUAUUUACUGACAACGGCAAGAACGACUUCUCCUCUGAAGUCCCCAAGUCUACGGACGACUGGGGCGAGUGGUAG